AUGGGCUACCAGUGCCACAGUUUUAUGGGAAGGUUCCUACAAACUCCUUACUGAACGCAACUUAACCUUAGUGGCCUCAGGUGAGAAUUUUCGGAAUUCAAGAGCCCGCGUCUGCCGUAUUCUCUCUGCUCAAUUUAUUCGCACAGUGGCACACUUUGACUUCAUUCUGUGAAAAAGCCUCCUGCCGCCCACCGAUGUCCUUUGCUUGGGUGUUCUUCUCGUUGGUAAUGUCCCGAAAUGUCAUAUUCUGCAUAGGUCGGUAUGAAUGCGUGGUUCUGGUCAACCGUCUUCCAUACUCAUGACACCAGUUUUACAGAGGUAAGUCCUUUUAGGAUGUAAUCAGUGCUUGGUUUCUCAAGCGAAUGGAUUACUUGUCGGCGUUUGGCUACGUUGUAGCGCUGUUCUUUGUACUUAUUAUGCGGACUUUAUACAAGCAAUCGACACCAAUAAAGGUGGUGGCUGCGAGUUUCAUUUUCAUCUGUUUUGUCAGUCACGCAUACAGUCUGCUCUUUACUCGGUUUGGCUACGCCCAGAACAUGCAAAUGAACCUUUUUUUCGGUAAGCUGGAUCCCUUGCAUCUCCACUCAAGUACUAUGAGAGUUAUAUUCUGCCCUUGAAUAUUGUAUGCCAAAAUCGUAUCCCGUUUAGCAAAAUGUAAAAGACGGCAUUUUCACCACAGCAACCGAAAUAAGCAGACCCCUUAACUAUCUUUUAUCCAUAAUGCUUACACACGUGUGGCCAUAAGCAACAUGUACUUUGUACUUGUACUUAGUACGGCUGCGAUCAUGCCUGAUCUAGCCGGCCUCGUUGAUGUCCCGAACUGUACCUCUCCACGCGUGACUAUCCGCGGCAGCAGAUCUGGACAGUAUAACCCACUCUCUUCGCCAACGACGGAGACCAAAUACUGAAGGUCCAAGAACCACCUCCAUGUCUUGACGAACUGUAUCGAGCCAAUUGGGUAACGGUGUCGGAUCGAGUGCAGUAACACUGAGUGCCUGAGGUGGACGACGGAGGACAUGUCAAAACUGCAUUGGUCGUCUUACUUAGAUGGCCUGAGUUAUCUUUGCGAUGUCGCAGCGGGCACACCGCCUCAUUUGAAACGAAGUCGGUGUACUUCACGCGAAGGAUGGCCCUCAAGCAGUGAUGAUUAAAUACCUCCAAUUUUUGCCCGUCCUCCACACACACAGCCCAGCAUUCACAACUAUAGAUGAGGACAGACCAGAGAGAUGGGCCGUACACUUGAAUCUCAGUGGCGAUCGGGAGGUCACGUCGGAUCCUUAAGCAUUUUCUAGGGCUUGAGAAAAGCCGGCGGGCAGCGUCAGUUCGGAAGACAAUGUCGUCCGUCCUCAUUCCCGAGGUAUUUAAAACCGUCUGCCUCUUCAAGUUGACAGCCAUCAAUCCUGGCCAUCAUCUCCUGGCCAGGGAUGCAGCUUGAAAACACUUUAUUUUUUGCAGCGUUUAUGGAUAAGCCGACCGGUGCGGCGACCUCGUUCACCCGUGACACCAUAGACUGCAGAUCAGCAAAACUUGAAGCAAGUACGACAGUAUCCUCGGCAUAGUCGAGAUCAGUCAGUGUUAGGGUUCAACCUCAACACCGUCACCUUCGUGUAGGGCCCUCCCGAGAAUCCAGUCAAUAUCGUAGUUGAACAGAAUGGGCGAAGGGAUACAAUCGUAGACCGAAUACUGGACAUUUAGGAAAAGUUGUUGUGGACCAGAGCUGGCACAGUGGUGGAGCGAUAAUAGGCCUUGAUCAUGGCGAUGAUUUUUGGAGCUACACCAUCUGGUGUCAUUAUCCACCACAGGGACUCACGAUGGGCGGAAUUGGACGUGGCGGCAAAGGCAACAAAGCAAACGGCUGUCGGUUGCCGGUAGCUAUGGCGAAAUUCGAGGAUGGGCCUCAGUGUGAAUACCUGGUCCGCGCAUCCACGUCCAGCACGAAAUCCAGCUUCGUUGGGCCUGGUCCUAGAGUCACUCACAACUCGGGAUCGCCUGAGUAGAACCAUAGCGAAGGUCUUCGCAGCAACGUCGAUGAGGCUUAUGCCGCGGUAGUUCUUGCAUCUUGUCUUAUCUCCCCUCUUGAGGAUAGGUACAAGAUUGCCUAAGCCCAAGUCAUCAGAAGCAACCUCGUCUCUCCACGCAUUUUCAAUCACCUCAUGAAGCCAUGGCGCCAAAGCGUCGACACAAGACUUGUAGGUUUCUUUGGGUAUUCCGUCCUCUUCGGGUGCCUUGUUGCGUAGCUUCCGUAUGGCAUCGGCGACCUCUCCUUCAGAAGAGGGGUCGCGUGGCACUUCAUGGGUUGAAGAGGCAAGAAACUCCGCUGCAGAGAGAGCAAGGGCGAGGUGGAUUGGGUAUCGUAGUUGAGAUGGUGCUCGAAGUGUUUACGCCACCGCUCGACUUUGGCCGAGUUGUCAGUAAUAAAGCCGCCAUUUACGUCGCGAACAGAAUUACUCAGUGUAGAGGGCUUACCGCCAACUUGACGGAUAAAUUGGUAGUUUUCGAGUGUCAGCAACGUUCGAGGCCUUUUCCAUCGAAGUCGCUAUUCUAGUCCAAUAUUGCUUCCCGUUAUCCCUGGCCAACUUUGUUUUCAUCUUCCGCAGUCGGUGGAAGGUGUCAUCGUCACGCGACCUGGUUCGAGUCGUCCGAGCAGACAAUUGCAGGGUUUGUCCGCUGAUCCAGUCACUGUAGCUUCACCGGGUAUAUCCGUGAAUGUUCUCAGCUGCCCCAUACAAUGAUGUUUUGAGUGACGACCGCAGGUGGUUACUGCUUUCGCCGUCGUCCCGUGUCGUAAAACAGGACAGGAUUUCUCUGCUUAGGGCCUAGCUAGUGCAGUGUUGCCGGAUUUUUGUGACAUUGAGUCGUAUAGAACGUAGCAUAUUUGGCGCGGAUGAGAGGUGAAUUCUCAAGCGUGUACGAACGACGAAAUGAUCUGACCUAUGGGCGUUACCGGUAUCGACACCACGCAUUGAUCUGCUAACGUGAACCAAACUGCGGACCCUUGAACGGACUAGUAUGUGGUCACUCUGCCUGACCGUACGACCGUCACAAAUGUAGAAAAGUCAGCCAACAUGGACAUUUUAUAUUUGGAGUUGUCGUAAGUUGUUAAAGACGUUCCUACAGGUUUACAAACCAGACAGAUAGCGUUCUAUCUGUUGAUUUUGCAUGACAGCCUGGGUACUAUCCACUGGUUGAAUGUGCUUUUAAAGAUUUUGGUCGCUGUUGAUCAACCGUCAGCCUCUACUGAGUUAGCCGAAAUGAUAUAUUCACCUUGUUGUCGGUCAGAUGGACCCGGAAAAGAUGCUCUAUUUGGCCGUACACCUUUUUAGGGUUUGGUGACGAGCGUAUUCUUUGAAUUCUAUAGCCCGAUUUCUUAUGCCACCUUGGACAAUAUAGUCAGUUCUUUCAUAUACGUGCCUAAAUGUUAUCUGUUGCUUUCCACUCCAAUUUGAGAUGCCAUUCCUUUAUCCUCGGAGGUUCCAUUAGUCUUGCUUUCCUCUCACCUGAAAGCUUGACCUUUUACCCCUGAAGUGCUUGUUGGUGCAUGGGUAGGUUUUGCAGUUUACCGUCACAAGCAAUAUCUGCGGCUACUAGACUUAUUGACAAUUUUGUAUCUUAUGAAUUAAAAAUUAAUAUAUCCUUUUCUUUCAAGGUUCUCUGACAGUGCUUGGAUGGCUGCUUCUACCUCACUUUGCAUUUGAUCGGCUGCAACGGGUAUACGCAAGAUACAUCCAGCUGGCAGUUACUCUAAUUGGCUGUGCCUCAAUAUUUGAGAUUUUUGACUUUCCGGCUAUUCUCUGGCUCUUCGAUGCUCACUCUCUGUGGCACUGCUCUACUAUUGGCAUUCAUUAUCUGAUCGUAAAGUAAGUUGUUGCGCACUUAUCGGUUGAAAUUUUUACGUGUUACUCAGUUAUUGGCUUUCCCGAAUCAGUUAUAGGCGUAAGUAUGCGGUAGUUGUUUGCGUGCUUGAGUGUUUUGGCGUCGCGUUGUGGAGGGUUGGUCUUUUCUGAUCGGACUCUCUAAAAUACCAGCUGAUUUGGAUCGGUAACGUUUACGUCAUCCGCUUUCACGAAAUCGCCCGAGACGAUUGGCGGUGACCGCUCUGUCCUAAAUGCUAUAAUAUCACAGCAAGACCAUUUCGGCAUCAAUUGAAUGAUUAUUUACCUAAGAAAUGUUCUCGCAAGCAGUCUCGUUUCAAUACAUUUAAAUAAACGCUUAGCUCAAGUUUGGCGUGACCUUCAUCCGAAGCAUUGUCUCGUCUGUGAGAUUUGGUGGGGAAGUAGCGUCAUGCAUACCCGGCGAUACCCCUGGGUCCGAGCACAAACUAGUAACAGCGGUGUUUUUAUGUAUCGCACUGCCAUCACUAGCUUAUUUGGACGUUAGCAGCAUGAAACCUCAUGCCUUCUAUAAGACCGACUCAGCGCGAAAUGCGUGCAAUAAUAACCGCUGUAGUAGCAGGCGUUCGCUUGCUGCCAAGUGCUUGUUGCCUACGAGAAUGCCUGAUGGGACCUUCCAACUGUAAUGCCAUCCGGCCUACCCAUCCCACAUCUCCGUUUGCAAGGUGGGGCACAGUCGAUAGUUUUCAAGGCGGCAGUUACGUGUUUUAAGGGAGUUCACACACAGUACCCCCUACGGUCCUUCGCAGCGCUUCAUGCUCCACAACAUUGCCGGUCAGGUUUAGGUUACUCUGAGCGAUGGAUUCUGACCAAGCAACGAUACCCAACCUGCCUACGCCCAUAUAUCUCAUUUGGGACUUAAUCUGGGCUCGUCAGAGACGGAGACAGUAGUUUUCCGACCCUCCUACUGCCAUCUAACUAGUUGAAAAUACCUGAGACGGGUUUACUAGUCACAUCUUUUACUGCCGCAAUCUGGCGGACCUCUUCAUAUCUAAAUCAUAUUUUAAUGUUUUUUGCAUGAGGUUUGACGCACGUCUAACGCUCAUCAAUCUGACUCUUCCAACGACAGGUUUGCCAUACGAGACUGCAAAUACCUCAGUGCAAGACAAGCAGUGCCUCCGAAAACCAGAGUGCUCUGA